UAUGGGAGAGACAAACAUCUGACCUGACAUGCACUGGUGUAGAUAUAUGUCAAUAUAUGUGUAAGAGCAGUGUCAAACACACAAUUUAGCAAUAUUUCGUUAAAAACCCAUAAUUUACAAUGUCCGACGAAUCUGAGUACGACGUAGAACCAGAGGAGUUUGAUAUCUACAAGAAAAAGUAUCAAUUAUUGGUAGAAAGAUGUGAUAUUUUGCAGCAGGAGAAUGAGAGAUUGGUCUAUAGAAUCCAGAUGGUAAGGAAGCUUCUUCGACGUACAAGGAAAGAAAAAAAAUUUUUGAUCGAUCGAUUGAAUAAACAUGGAGAUCGUUGGCGCGAGGCACCAAUGGGUGUACUAGAAGAAAACAGUGUAUUUGAAACAACUCCAAAAUCAGAGAAAGGAGGGAAAGGUGCCUCUCACAAUGCUAAAGAUGAGAAACCUAGAAAAGGAACAAAGAGAAAGGGUGCAAAAGCUGAUCCAAAUGCGCCCAAACCGAGUGUUGAGGAAUAUAUGUCAAUAUAUGUGUAA